GCAAAGCUGGGAGGAGCAGAAGAGGAGAAAUGAUCGUGAUAUCAGUCUGUCCUGAUAAAAGAAGAAACACAAUCACUCCUGAAUCACAGCAUCUACAGUGGUUGUCAGUGUUUGAUAAAGGCAAAAACAGAAUUUAGUACUUCAGCAGAAAUGGAGAGAAUCACAUGUAUGUCUCUUCUGCUCACAGCUGUGGUCAGUUCUUCUGCACGAGCUCCGCGUCAGUAUCACUUUGUGAAUCAGAACCUGAGCUGGACUGAAGCUCAGAGUUACUGCAGAGAGAAAUACACAGAUCUGGUCACUAUCAGUGACAUACAAGAACAGAAUGACACUGAACAGGCCAUAAAGAGAGUGAACAGCAAUGCUGACCGUGUCUGGAUUGGACUGAAGAGCACAGACUCAUGGAUAUGGUCUCUGAGUGACCCUGCCUUCUACAGAGAACACGAGUCUCAGUACAGGAACUGGGGAUCAAAACAACCAAAUGGAGAUGGAGACUGUAUUUACAUGAAAUGUGUGAAUGAUCAUAAAGGACAGUGGCAUGAUGUAGACUGUAGUAAAGAAAUGUAUUUCAUCUGCUAUAAUGGCAGCAGUAAAGGAUUCAUCUCUGUACAAGAGAAAAAGAGCUGGACUGAAGCUCAGAAAUACUGCAGAGAGAGAUACACAGAUCUGGCCAGCGUGAGGAAUCAGACUGAGAAUGAACAGAUUCAGAAGAUCAUAGACAAAAACAGAACUUCAAGUGAUAAAGAUAAACAAGUCUGGAUCGGUCUGCACAGACUCUGGGUUUGGUCAGAUAACAGCACCUCCACAUUCACACACUGGAAAUCUAAUAGACCCAAAACCAGCAACACUAAUCACGAUGACUGUGCAUUGAUUGAUCGCCAAGGAAUAUGGACAGAUGAGAAGUGUUCAGAAAAGCAUCCCUUUGUGUGUUAUGAUGAUAAUCUGGUUCUGGUCCGAGAGAAUAAGACGUGGACUGAAGCUCUGAGACGCUGCAGAAACAUGGACAUGGACCUGGUGUCGGUGGAUUCGGAGCAGAUGCAGCGAUGGGUGAAGAUCUUGUUGAUGAAAGCAAGUGCCUCCUCUGAUCACGUGUGGCUGGGUCUGCGUCACUCCUGCACAAUGGGGAUCUGGUACUGGAUCAACGGUCAGACCGUGUGCUACGAUCAGUGGGCUUCUGAUUAUGACAUCGGACUGGACGAAUGUGAUCAGACGGUGAGAUCCGGAGCCAUUCGGACCCGUGAUAAUCACUGGAUCAGCCUUCCUGAAACUGAAGAAAUCAACUUCAUCUGCACCAAGUACAUGUGAUCCAGAUUACACAGAUUACUAAUAUUCAUACAUAUAAAAUAUACAUAUAAAAUGCCAAUAAUACAAUUACCGGUUACUUUUCAUUGAUGACAAAUUAACAAAACGAUAGUAAGUUGUACAUGUAAAAAUUUCAGGCCAUUUGGGCUCAAUUCAAGUAAAAUGGGGUGGUGUUGGGGCAGUGGACAAGACACAUGCCUUUGGUGUGAGAGACCUGGGUUUGAAUCCACUGUGAGACACCAAUGUGUCCCUGAGCAAGACACUUAACCCCUAGAUGCUAAAGAGGCGUGAGACCUCUGACAUAUAUAGCAAUUGUAAGUCGCUUUGGAUAAAAGCAUCAACUAAAUGAAUAAAUGUCAAUCAAUUCAACUCCAGUUAAUCUGUAAAGCAUUUUUUCCUAAUAUAUGUUGUUUCAAAGCAGCUUCACAGAAAAUGUAUAUUGCAUUGUUAGAUUUAGGAAGUUUUCUGUUCUCAGACCCAAAUGAUCUCAAUUUAAAGUCUUUUCAUGUAUAUUUAAACGUCUGUCAUGUUUCUGUCUAUUUAAGCUUCUGUCAUGGGGACAAAUAUUUACUGUGUUGCUUUAUCAUUGUGUUUUAUUACGUAAUAUUUAGUACUAAGCACUUACAUUUAUUUUUCUGGAAAUGAUAUGUUCCGCAAACUCCAUCUAAAAUAAAUAUCUUCUGUAUUUUAUCCUCUGUUUUAGCUAGUUUCCUGAAGAGUUCCUAAAUGGACAAUAUAUGGAAGAUGCAUUUAUGUUUGUGUCAUGUUUGGUUUGGUUUUCAUGGACUUUUAAUUUGCAUCUUGUUGUUUCCUGUGGUUCCUUGGUCAUCAUGGUUUCUAAGUGAAGGUUUCUCUCAUUUGUCACCAUAGUUACUGAUUAUGUUGCUCACCUGUGUCUCAUUCAUUUCUUUCAUUACGGUGUAUUUAUAUUGUUCUCACUUGGUAUUAUUGACGGUUAAC